AUGAAGAAUCUACUCCAUUCUUUCAUCGAAAGAUCUUUUUGUCCAGAAUUCAUUCCAUUAUUUCAUCAAGAGCUCUUUUUGUCCAGAAUUCAUUCCAUUCUUUCAUCAAGAGCUCUUUUUGUCCAGAAUUCAUUCCAUUCUUUCAUCAAGAGCUCUUUUUGUCCAGAAUUCAUUCCAUUCUUUCAUCAAGAGCUCUUUUUGUCCAGAAUUCAUUCCAUUCUUUCAUCAAGAGCUCUUUUUGUCCAGAAUUCAUUCCAUUCUUUCAUCAAGAGCUCUUUUUGUCCAGAAUUCAUUCCAUUCUUUCAUCAAGAGCUCUUUUUGUCCAGAAUUCAUUCCAUUCUUUCAUCAAGAGCUCUUUUUGUCCAGAAUUCACAUCUUUCUUGCACCCAGGCUCAUUGUUCCAAGUUUUUUCACCAGGGCUUCUUUUCGUCCAAAACCUGUCCAGUUUUUUCGCCAGGGCUUCUUUUCGUCCUGAACAUGUCCAGUUCUUUCACCGGGGCUUCUUUUCAUUCUGAACAUGUCCAGUUCUUUCACCGGGGCUUCUUUUCAUUCUGA